AUGGAGGCGCCGCCGCGGCCCGGCGCCGGGGACAUCCUGCGGCGCAACCCGCAGCACGACUACGAGCUCGUGCAGCGCGUGGGCAGCGGCACCUACGGCGACGUGUACAAGGCUAGAAAUCUUCACACGGGAGAGCUGGCUGCUGUAAAAAUAAUCAAGCUAGAGCCUGGCGAUGACUUUUCCUUGAUACAGCAGGAAAUAUAUAUGGUGAAAGAAUGCAAACACUGCAACAUCGUAGCCUAUUUCGGGAGCUAUCUCAGCCGUGAGAAGCUGUGGAUAUGUAUGGAAUACUGCGGUGGCGGAUCCCUCCAGGAUAUUUACCAUGUCACGGGGCCUCUGUCGGAGCUGCAGAUCGCUUACGUGUGCCGGGAGACCUUGCAGGGUCUUGCUUAUUUGCAUAUGAAGGGCAAAAUGCAUAGAGAUAUAAAGGGUGCAAAUAUUCUACUAACAGACCAUGGAGAUGUCAAGUUAGCGGACUUUGGCGUAGCAGCAAAAAUAACAGCCACCAUUGCGAAGAGAAAGUCGUUCAUCGGGACCCCUUACUGGAUGGCCCCGGAGGUGGCGGCGGUGGAGAAGAACGGCGGCUACAACCAGCUCUGCGAUAUCUGGGCGGUUGGCAUCACCGCGAUUGAGCUGGCCGAGCUGCAGCCYCCCAUGUUCGACCUGCACCCCAUGAGGGCAUUGUUUUUAAUGUCAAAAAGUAAUUUUCAGCCACCAAAGCUAAAGGAAAAAGCAAAAUGGUCAUCGAUAUUCCACAAUUUUGUCAAAAUAGCACUUACAAAAAAUCCAAAGAAGAGACCGACAGCAGAAAGGCUCCUUUCUCAUAGUUUUGUAGGGCAGCCUGGACUUUCAAGAUCUCUAGCAGUGGAGCUGUUGGACAAAGUUAAUAAUCCUGACAACCACGCACACUACAGCGAAGCAGAUGACGAUGAUUUUGAGCCACACUCCAUUAUUCGCCACACAAUUCGUUCAACAAACAGGAACGUGAGAGCAGAAAGAACAGCGUCCGAGAUAAACUUUGAUAAGCUGCAGUUUGAGCCUCCUCUACGGAAAGAAACAGAAGCUCGAGAUGAGAUGGGUGUAGCGGCCGGCACUGACUUUGCUUCACAUUGGAAUCCUUUUGUUGAUGGUGGAAGCAGCAGGUCCACCCUAAAGCGAGCAGGGCCACCCCCGCUACCUCCUAAGCCAAGAAUAAACAGUUACCCCGAGGAAAACCUGCCAGAUGAUGAGAAGUCUCAGACAAUAAAGCAUUUUCCCGACUCGCAAAACAGAGCCCCGCCAGCUCACAGGAGACAGAGCAUUCCUGUUUGUGGCCCUCAGACCGAUCCCUCCCCCAUUGGGAACGGGGACGGCAUGCCGAAACUCAUCGAAGAAAGCGUUGAAGGCUCUGGGCAAAUCCCUCAGCUGCCACGUAAAAAAGAGAAACGAGAUUUCCCCAAGCCAGCAAUCAAUGGUUUGCCUCCAACGCCGAAGGUGCUGAUGGGAGCGUGUUUUUCCAAAGUCUUUGAUGGGUGCCCUUUGAAGAUUAACUGUGCAACAUCCUGGAUACAUCCAGAUACUAAAGACCAGUACAUUAUCUUUGGAACUGAGGAAGGGAUCUAUACGUUGAAUUUGAACGAACUUCAUGAAGCCACGAUGGAACAGUUAUUCCCCCGAAAGUGCACCUGGUUGUAUGUUAUCAAUAACACCUUAAUGUCAUUGUCAGAAGGGAAAACAUUCCAGCUCUACUCCCAUAAUUUAAUAGCUUUGUUUGAACAAGCCAAAAAAACAGGAUUAGCUGCUCAUAUCCAAACUCAUAGGUUUCCUGACAAAAUAUUACCAAGGAAGUUUGCCUUAACGACAAAGAUUCCUGAUACAAAAGGAUGCCACAAAUGCUGUAUAGUAAGAAAUCCAUACACAGGACAUAAGUAUCUGUGUGGAGCACUACAGUCUGGAAUUGUUCUUCUACAGUGGUAUGAGCCAAUGCAGAAAUUCAUGUUAAUAAAGCACUUUGAUUUUCCUUUGCCAAGUCCUCUGAAUGUGUUUGAGAUGCUAGUGAUACCAGAGCAGGAGUACCCGAUGGUCUGUGUGGCGAUCAGCAAGGGUACUGAACCAAACCAAGUAGUUCAGUUUGAGACAAUCAACUUGAACUCGGCGUCUUCGUGGUUUACAGAGAUCGGUGCAGGCAAUCAGCAGCUGGAUGCCAUUCACGUGACACAGCUGGAAAGAGACACCGUCUUGGUCUGCCUGGACAAAUUUGUGAAAAUUGUGAAUCUACAAGGGAARUUGAAGUCAAGCAAGAAAUUGGCAUCUGAGCUGAGCUUUGAUUUCUGCAUUGAAUCAGUGGUGUGCCUUCAAGACAGCGUGCUGGCCUUCUGGAAGCACGGCAUGCAAGGCAAAAGCUUUAAGUCAGAUGAAGUUACCCAGGAGAUAUCAGAUGAGACCAGGGUUUUCCGCUUGCUGGGAUCAGACAGGGUGGUGGUGCUGGAAAGCAGGCCGACAGAAAACCCCACGGCUCACAGCAAUCUCUACAUCCUGGCCGGCCAUGAGAACAGCUACUGAGCAGCAGCAACCCGGCACACAGCUCAGCACCAACGCACCGCAUCAGGAAAACCAUGGAACGUUAUAAAACUCUGUGCAAGCCGGACUGUGACUUCCUUGUUCUUGUUCUUGACACCUAAAGGAUCUUGUUUUAGGGUGGAAAUCAGUCCAUUUUUGCAGCUGGGAACAGCUGGUUCUGUCUCUUGCCACUGUGUGGUUGGUUAUAUCAAGUUUGCUUAAUAAAAGCUAUGAGAUAAAUAGUCCUUUACUCAUUAGUCAUGGGGAAACAGAGCCUUUAAAAUAACAUUAUGCCGUAAAGGUGCCAUAAACUGUUAAAUAUUUUACUUCCCUUGGAUUUUUCCUGUAUUCUGUAGAUACAGAUAGAGUGCUGGCUGUUUCCCUGUUUUAUACUGAGUCUUAUUCUUAAUAAAAAUGAUUUGUGUAGGAAGUGAAAGUAUCUGCAAAGCUUUUUGUUUUUAAGUCUGCCAUUCAGUAUGGCUUUGUAUAAUAGACUAUUUAAUCCUUAUUUAUUAAUCUGCUGCUAGGAUGGUGUAAUGUAUCUAACUUUUAGCAAAGGAAGGUUGCAGAGCAGCUUACUCUUUUUUUUUUUUUACAAUGUAUAAAGAUUUGAUUAUUCUUUUUUCUUGUAGAGACGUAGUGCAUUCUCGAGGGGUAUGCUACAAUGUUGGUCGAUCUUGUAAAAAUGCAGUUUUGUACAACAAAGUAUUUUGUAUUGAUUUUUGCCUGCAGAAUUGCCAUAAAAGGGAUUUUC